AUUUUCCUUCAGAGGCGGUCGGUGAGUUCAUUCAUGUGCUGCUCAACCGAACCGACACUGAGAAGAAACCACCGACUGUUUACUGUUACAUUGUAAACAUUAAUCACAUUAAUUGCUAUAGGAUACAUUAAAGACAACUCCUGGUUAAGACUGCAUACCUGCUGAGACCUGCUCGCCUGCUUUCUACACAGAAUUGUGACUUUUUGAAAGUGCAUUUCGGGUGCAUUCGUUUCAGACCGUUUCAGCCCAUCUCAUUAGAGGAGUGUCCGGCCGCUGAGUAUGUCAGUGGCUCUUCUCGUGCGAUAUGCCACAAUCGGCGGUUCCCGUGUCUGCUGCAGGGCUGCUCUUGGACUAACCGGCACUCAUCAGGAAGACACGAGACAGGCUCUACACGCUCCAUCGUCUCCCCGAUACAGCAACUCUCGCUUUGAUCCGGACAGCAGUGGGCGUCCGACUACCUGGGACUCUUUUGGGAUCUGGGACAGCCGCAUCGAUGAGCCUAUUUUGCUUCCGUCAAGUAUCCGCUAUGGAAAGCCCAUCCCCAAAGUUAGCCUGUCUAAGGUGGGAUGCGCUUCUCAGAUUGGCCAGCGGAAAGAGAACGAAGACCGUUACCGGCUAUCGCAGAUGACCGAGAACAUCAUGUAUUUUGCUGUGUUUGACGGGCAUGGGGGGGCAGAGGCUGCUGAAUUCUGUCACAAGAACAUGGAAAAGCAUAUUAAAGACAUUGCGGAGGAAGAGGAUAACUUGGAGUUAGUUUUAACCAAAGCAUUUCUUGAGGUGGACAAAGCAUUAGCGAGGCUUCUACACUUUAGUCCAGAUGCCUCUCUGUUGAGUGCAGGCACCACGGCAACAGUGGCCCUGCUUAGGGACGGGAUCGAGCUGGUGGUGGGCAGCGUGGGCGACAGCCGGGCCAUGAUGUGCCGGAAAGGCAAAGCCCUCAAACUCACCAUGGACCACACACCUGAGAGAAAGGAUGAAAAAGAGAGGAUACGUAAGACUGGAGGUUUCAUAACAUGGAAUAGUCUGGGUCAACCUCACGUCAACAGCAGACUAGCAAUGACACGCAGUAUUGGUGAUUUUGACCUCAAAACUUCAGGGGUCAUUGCUGAACCAGAGACCAAGAGGAUUUCGUUGCACCAUGUCCACGACUCCUUCCUGGCACUCACUACUGAUGGCAUCAACUUCAUUAUGAACAGUCAGGAAAUCUGUGAUGUCAUAAACCAGUGUAACGACCCUAAAGAGGCAGCACAGCGCAUAUCUGAGCAGGCUCUUCAAUACGGAGCUGAGGACAACAGCACGAUCAUUGUGGUGCCAUUUGGUGCCUGGGGCAAACACAAAAGCUCUGAUGCGAGCUUCUCCUUCAGUCGCAGUUUCGUCUCCAGCGGUCGCUGGGCCUGAAGAAAAAUAAGACAGAUUGACGUUUUAAGUCAUAGAAGUGACGUGAGUUUGAACUGACUAAUGUCCAAUAUUCUCUAAUAAUGAUAACUCGAAGGAAAAACUGAAAGCGUGCUAACUUGGACUCAUCAGAAUGAUACUGAGCGGUCCGUUUUGCCUGGAAAGGCAAAGCAAAACAAACAUUGAAAUAAUGUCUAAGACAUUGGGGUUCAAGUUCUCCUGAGGUUGAAGUAUUUGCUUUCUGUCAAUAUUAUUUCCUCCCACUUUUUGCUCUAAAUUUGUCUCGGUGUAUAGCUUUUUCCGGUUACCUCAUUUCUGGUUUUGGUUUCAUGUUUACCAACACAAAACGACUGCGGACUCUGAUGUGAAUGUAACAUUGGUACUGUUGUAUAAUUAACUUUAUCCGUCAUAGUGAAAUCAAUGGUGUUAUUUUGAUUUCUCCUUGUGUUCUUUUCAUAACAGGAAUUUUAAGCACUUUCAGAUAUCAGGAGGUUCCAUUCCUAAUUAUUGUCACUGCCUGUGUAUUUUCGGCAGCUGGCUAGAGGCUAUGCAUUUCCUAUGCACAUUCAUUUGCUCAUAUCCACUCAGUAGAGGACCGUAUAUACUAAAGUAUGUACUCUUGCUUAAGCACAUGUUUAUAUAUCUCUGUCUCCUGUUGUAGUAUGAAUAUACAGUGUGCUUUAAUUGCAGUUAAUGGAAAUAUCUGUACUAAACAGGUAUGACUGAAUACCUUUCUGUGCCUUUUCCAUAACAGUGUGUUCUUAUAUGAUAUGCACAUAGUUCUGCUGACUGUAGGAUCUUAACUUUUAAACUGUGACUUGUGCUUUAAAUCACAAUACAUAGAGCAAAGUACUGAUGCUUGAUGAUAUACAAUUGUGUAGUUGUUUUUAAAUAUUUAUUUUCUUGUUUCAGAGCUAAAGAAGUGUUUUGUUUGAAUUGCGACACGAUCUUUUUAAUUGCAGACAUUCUGCUUCAACCUAGAAAAGGCUUCGGUCAUAAUCUCUGACGUCCAGCGAUUUAUUAUUUUAUUUCUAGAGCCAUACACGCGUGACCUCAGAAAAACAGCAUCUCUGUUCAUUCUACGUCAGCCUAAAUUGAAGUGGAAUUCAUCAACUUUCAUUCUCUUUCAGCAUUUCUGCUCAUUUUAGACUUAACGGAGUAGUUUGCUUUCCUUUAAAACACGCAGUCUUCCAUGCCGUGGAUGUACCAGUGGUUUCUUGGUUUCUUCAGUGUGCUUUUGUGUCCAAAUGUGUUUUAUUCAUUGUUACAGUAACUGUUACAGUAUCGAUCUGUUUAACAAUCAUUUCUUGGUCUGUACAUGGAACUAACUUUUCUGUAUUGAAAUGCAGUUUGUAAAAAUGUAAAAUUUUGUAAAAAUUAAAUUAAAAAAAAUGUAUUUUUGGGGGAAUUUUGAUAUUUCAACCUCAGUUCCUAUAAUACAUCUAUAAUACACUGUGUACACAAAAUAGUUACACUCAGGACAUUAGGGACAAAAA